AUGGAGGAGAUCAAGGCCAGCGGCAGGAAGGCAUUCAUCCCCUACCUCUGCGCCGGCGACCCCGACCUGGCCACAACGUCACUGGCUCUGAAGCAAAUCGACGAGGCGGGCGCGGACGUCAUCGAGCUGGGGGUGCCUUAUUCGGACCCUUUGGCAGAUGGUCCAGCAAUCCAGUCUGCUGCCACGCGAGCUUUGCAGAGCGGCACUACACUGGAUGCUGUGUUCGAUAUGCUGCGGGCUUUGGCACCUGAACUGCAGGCUCCUGUCAUCAUGUUCACCUAUUACAACCCCAUCUUGGCGAGGGGUCUUGAUACGUUCUGCCGGCAAUUGAAGGACGCUGGGGCCUCAGGUUUGCUUGUCCCCGACUUGCCACUGGAGGAAACCUCAGAAGUGAGGGAGGCCUGUGCCGCGGCGGGCUUGGAACUCGUGCUUCUCACGACGCCCACCACCCCGAAGGACAGGAUGACAGAAAUCGCACGUGCCACCCAGGGCUUCGUUUACUUGGUGAGUGUGACAGGCGUCACAGGGGUCAGGGACAGCGUCGCCACAGGGGUGGAGGGCCUCAUCGACAUGCUGCACAACGUGACUGACAAACCGGUGGCUGUCGGCUUUGGCAUCUCCAAGCAGGAGCACGUGCAGCAAGUUGCGUCCUGGGGAGCGGAGGGCUUCAUUGUGGGGUCUGCACUUGUCCGUGCACUUGGGGAGGCGUCUUCCCCGGCUGAAGGUUUGGCUGCCCUCAAGAAUUUAGCAACAGAACUGAGAGCUGCAGCUCCCUGA